UUAGAACUGACAGGUAGUCAGGUACGACGUCACUGUUAGCAACAUCCGGAUCCUCAAGUUGUAGGGAACUAGGGGGUCAUGGCUGCAGCAGGGACUGUUCUGCCUUUUGUACGAGGUAUAGAUUUAACCAAAAAUGAUUUUAAGGAGACUGGUAUUCCUCGAAGCAUCAAGGAGAUGUCAAGCCUCCGAUGGCCCGACAAUACCGGGAUAGAUACUGUGCCAGAGGAGAUCGGUAAACUUCAGAAAUUGGAGCAUCUGUCCCUAAAAAACAAUAAUUUAGAUAAACUUUAUGGGGCCAUAACAACCCUGCCAUGUCUCCGUUCUCUAAAUGUCCGGCACAACAAGCUCAGCAAGGCUGGCAUUAACGAUCUUUUUGAAAUGGAUGACCUCACAACUUUGGAUUUCUCGCACAACAAUUUGACUGAAAUUCCUGAAAGUUUAGAAGAAGCAAAUCUUUUGGUGCUGAACCUCUCUGAUAACUUAAUUGAGGAAAUUCCAGCACAAGUGUUUGUGAACUGCACAGACCUUUUGUACCUCAACGUGGGUGAUAAUCGUUUGGAAACCUUCCCACCUCAAAUACGACGGCUGGUUCACUUACAGACUCUGGUUCUAAAUAAUAAUUCUUUGACACAUUUUCAAUUCAGACAACUGCCCUCACUAGUUGCCCUUCAGACUCUGCACAUGCGAGCCACACAAAGAUCACCUUCCAACCUUCCUGCAAGCUUGGAAGGUCUUACAAAUCUGCGAGAUGUUGACCUGUCACACAACAAUCUUGUCAAGAUUCCUGAUUGCAUAUUUACACUGAGUAAUUUAAAGCGUCUGAAUAUGUCUGACAAUGCCAUUACUGAGAUUGGCUCAACAAUUGAAAACUGGUCCAAACUGGAAGUCUUGAACAUGUGUCGAAAUGAACUCACUGCCUUACCAUCACAAAUUUGUAAAUUAGAGAGCCUUCGUCGACUUAUGGUAAAUGAAAACAAGCUUGACUUUGAAGGAAUUCCCUCUGGUAUAGGCAAGAUUGUUGGCCUGGAAGUAUUCUCAGCAGCCCACAAUCGCCUUGAGAUGAUUCCAGAAGGACUAUGCAGAUGCCCUAAUCUUAAGAAGUUGAUAUUGAAUAGCAACCGUCUCGUCACUCUGCCAGAAGCCAUUCACUUUAUUAGUGAAACAUUGGAUCAAUUAGAGCUGGCUGACAACCCAGAAAUGGUUUGGCCUCCAAAACCCCGUGGCAUGGCUCAAGGGUCGGGAGUUGCUUUCUACAACAUUGACUUCUCCCUCCAGGCCCAGCUAAGGAAUGCUGGAGCACAGGCGGCUCAACUUGCUGCUACACUGGCACAACAGCAAGGUACACCAAAGGAUCCCAUUGCCCGGAAGAAGAGAUUGCGCCAGUUCCGUAAAGAUCAAAAGGACCAGCAAGAUGAUAAGCAGGAGAAGAUCUUGAAGGGCAUGAAAGAGAUUGCUAAAGAUGAGGAGAAGCAGAAACAGAAAGACAAGAUGACAGAAGAACGUAGUCAGGAGGUCAAAACCCAAAAGCGUUGGGAUGAAGCUCUAGAACGUCCACCACUAAACUACCACGAGUUCUUUGACACAGAUGUAGGUCAAAUUCCAGGACUCACUAUUUGGGAGAUUGAAAAUUUCCUUCCGAACCAGAUUGAUGAAUCUGUUUUCGGCAAAUUUUAUGAAGGAGAUUGUUACAUCAUCCUCAAGACUAGUAUGGAUGAUUCGCAGAAUCUAGAAUGGAAAAUUUUCUUUUGGAUAGGAGAAAAGUCAACGCUUGAUAAAAAAGCAUGUUCAGCCAUCCAUGCUGUCAACUUGCGGAACUACUUGGGUGCUCAAGGACGCACUCACAGAGAAGAACAGGGAGAUGAAGAAGAUGAGUUCCUGGAGUUGUUUGAUCACGACCUCACUUACAUUGAAGGUGGUCGGACGGCCUCUGGGUUCUUCACUGUUGAAGAGAUGGAAUAUCCUCUUCGUUUGUAUCGGAUCUUCCCAACUAAUAUUGGCAUCCACUUGGAGACUGUGUCCUGGGUUGAAUCCCUGGAUCCACGACAUGUGUUUUUGCUUGAUGAUGGUAAAGACAUUUAUGUGUGGCAAGGGAGUAAAGCUAAGAAAACAUUAACCACUAAAACAAGGCUCAGUGCAGAGAAAAUGAAUAAAGAAGAGCGGAAGAAUCUGGCUGAAAUUCACACAUUAGUACAAGGUAAGGAGAACAAUGAUUGGCCACAAUUCUGGGCUGCAUUGGGAUUAGAAGAAGGGGAAGAAGAUCAUCUAGAGAUUGAAGAACAUGUGGAUCCAAAAUUUUUACCAGUUGUUCCCAGGCUGUACCAGGUUGGACUGGGUAAACUUGAACUACCCCAGGUUGAUGUACCCGAAGGUAAAUUAAUUCAGAAAUUACUUAAGACAAAGAAUGUGUAUAUCUUGGACUGUUUCUGUGAUGUGUUUGUUUGGAUUGGCCGCAAGUCAACUCGUUUAGUGAGGGCUGCAGCCCUUAAACUGUCACAGGAACUUUUAAGAAUGAUAAUUAGACCAGACCAUGCAGUAACCACUCUUGUUAAAGAAGGGACUGAACCACAAGUCUUCAAGACAAAAUUCAAUGGCUGGACAGAUGUUAUUGAUGUUGAUUUUACACGUACAGCAGAGUCAGUUAGGAAGACAGGAGCCAACUUAAAGGAUUGGGCUGCAAAGCAAGAGACCAAGGUGGACUUGAGUGCUUUGUUCACACCCCGGCAACAGCCUAUGACCCUAGAGGAGGCACAGCAGUGUAUGGAUGAGUGGAAUGAUGACUUGGAUUCAAUGGAUAUCUUUGUGUUGAGGAAGAAGUUUGUCAAGCUUCCAGAAAAUGAACUUGGCCAUUUCCAUGCUUCUGAGUGUUAUGUAUUCUUAUGCCGCUAUUGGAUACCUGGAGAACCUGCAGAAGAUGAGAAAGAGGAAGAAGUAGAACCAGAGGAUGAUUGUGUGGUGUAUUUCUGGCAAGGGCGACAAGCUUCCAACAUGGGAUGGCUGACAUUUACUUUCAGUCUUCAGAAGAAAUUUGAAACAUUGUUUGGAGAUAAGCUUGAGGUUGUAAGAAUGCACCAGCAGCAGGAAGCUGUCAAGUUUAUGGCUCAUUUUAAAAGAAAAUUUGUCAUACAUUCGGGUCGACGUAGGCAAGAGAAGCAGCCAGUUAAGGCAGAGGAAGAACCACAGGAAAGUGAUACCAAAGCAGUCAAACCCAAACCAAACCCACCAAAACCGGAGCCAGAGGAACCUCAGCCCCAGCCAGAACUUUUCCACAUGCGAUCUAACGGUUCCCCACUCUUCACACGCUGCAUCCAGAUUAAACCAAAUGCUGUAUCUCUCAACUCUGAGUUCUGUUAUAUUCUCAAAGUUCCAUUUGGACAGGAGGAUGAUAGUGGUAUUGUGUAGUGGCUGGGUGAGAAGUAUGAGGAAGAAGGACGACUCUCAGAAGAGGUUGCACAAGAAAUGUAUGACCCAGAAAAGUACAGUCUUCAGGUUGUAAGAGAAGGAGAGGAACCUGAGAACUUCUUUUGGAUUGGUAUUGGUGGUCGCAAAGUCUAUGACAAAGAUGCAGCAUAUAUGCGCCAUACAAGACUUUUCAGAUGUUCAAAUGAGAAGGGCUAUUUUGCUGUCUCAGAAAAGUGCUCGGAUUUUUGUCAAGAUGACCUUGCAGAUGAUGACACGAUGAUUCUAGAUGAUGGGAACCAAGUCUUCCUCUGGCUGGGAUCAAAAGCAUCUGAUGUGGAAAUUAAAUUGGCUCUCAAAUCUGCACAGGUAAACUAUCAAAUAUUAAUCAGGAGUACUUAAUGGAAUAUCUGUUAU